CUUUGCACCGCCACUCCUCGCUCCUGCUCUGACGGAAUGCAGUGACGCGACAGCCGCUUCCCACUACUAUGCGCUGCUGCCGUCGCGCAGUGCUUGACCCGAAGCUCCUCGCACAAUGGCGAUGCUCCCCAAUAGCUCCCAGCACCCCGAUAUGGAGUGCACCACAUCGAUGUCUUGCCACAGUUCGGUCAGCAAAGGGAGAGGAAGGUAGCAACACCAACCAAAAGGGCCUGUCUGUACGGUCUGAAGCUCGAUUCAAUGAGAUAGGAGUGCAGCAGCUCAGCAGUCAUGUCCACUCCCAAGUAUUCCCAGGUGCAAGCACCCUGCCACCCCCCGAGCUCAUCGCCCUCUCAAAAGACCAUCUCACUCGUCACGAUCUACUUGGGAAGAACCAGGACUCCUCCCCGCCGGUGGGUUUCGACCUCCCCGCCCUUCAUGGCUCGACGCUGGACGAGCACUUCUACAAACUUGGGAUGGAUGCUGCCGAACCGUACCUGAGCAUGGCGAAGAAAUUCGCAUGGGCAAAUCCUCCUCCGAAGCCCCGGAAGUGGGAACGACGUAGCGGCUGGACGAAAUACAAUAGGAACGGAACUACGGAAGCUGUGGAUGCGCCGAAUGAGUCGCUGUUGACAUUUGACACGGAGGUUAUGUGGAAAGAGACAUCGUUUGCGUGCAUGGCUUGCGCUGUUAGUCCUAACGCUUGGUAUGGCUGGAUAUCCCCAUGGCUGCUUGGAGAGUCAAAAUCAGAUCGCCACUUGAUUCCGUUAGGCGACCCAUCGCUGCCGCGAAUAAUCGUUGGCCACAACAUUGGUUAUGAUAGGGCGCGCAUAUUGGAGGAAUACGACAUUAGACAAUCCAAGAAUUCCUUCAUCGAUACAAUGUCGCUACAUGUCGCUUCAAAUGGGAUGUGCUCUCGGCAAAGGCCGUCUUGGAUGAAGCAUAGAAAGAGCCGGGAGCUGAGGGAGAAAAUAGCAACAUCGGAGGAGAACGCGGAUUUAUCGGCUUUGCUGGAUUCAGGGGCACUACCCGAAGAAGAGGAGGAGUUGUGGAUUGGGAGGAGUGCGAUCAAUUCGCUUCGAGAUGUUGCAAAAUUCCACUGCAAUAUUACUAUCGAUAAGGCGCGUCGGGAGUAUUUUGGAGAAUUGGAUCGAGCCGGGAUUCGGGAGCGACUCGACGAGCUGUUGGAUUAUUGUGCUGCCGAUGUUGAAAUCACCCACCGAGUGUACCAAAAGGUCUUCCCACUGUUCCUGGAGACAUGUCCGCACCCCGUCAGUUUCGCCGCCCUUCGAUUUCUUGCCGCCCAAAUUCUUCCUGUAAACGAAACCUGGGAUGCAUACAUUGCGAAUGCAGAGGCUACUUAUCAUAAGUUAGAAGAUGCUGUCCGGGAACGAUUGGUUAAAUUGGCCGAGAAGGCUCUAAAGGUGAAGGAAAAACCCGAUAUCUACCUAAACGACCCUUGGUUGAACCAGCUCGACUGGUCAGGCCAGGAGGUGAGGAUGGUGAAAGGUAAAAAGAAAGGUGAUCCACCAAGGCCAGCAGCGAGACAGAAAAAGCCGGGAAUGCCAAAAUGGUACAAGGACCUGUUCGCAAAAAACGAUGCACCAAUGAGUUUAACGGUACGAACCCGGGUAGCUCCAAUUCUCUUGAAAUUAUCCUGGGACGGACAUCCAUUGGUCUGGUCGGACAAACAUGGGUGGACGUAUCAAGUGCCGAUGGAUGAGGUUUUUCUCUACAACCAGAAAGGGUUCCGAGAGCUAGAUAUGUCCGAGGAGGAAGAUAUCAGGCUUCGCGACGAUGCGAAACACCGGUAUUACAAGAUUCCACAUAAGGACGGUCCACUUGCACGGUGCGCCAACCCCCUAGCGAAAGGCUACCUUCAAUACUUCGAAAAAGGAAAGCUUACCUCAGAGUACACCUACGCAAAAGAAGCGUUGGAAAUGAAUGCCUCCUGCUCGUAUUGGAUAAGUGCAAGAGAUAGGAUUAUGUCUCAGACAGUUAUUUAUAACGAGGAAGUUCCAAACACGCCGAAACUGUCGUCCGCAUCCGGCAGGGGACGAAGCAAGAAGGUCGGAUUCAUUCUACCGCAAAUCAUUCCUAUGGGCACUAUUACCCGACGAGCCGUUGAGAACACAUGGCUCACAGCAAGCAACGCGAAGGCCAAUCGUGUUGGAUCAGAGCUCAAGUCGAUGAUUCGGGCACCGAAAGGGUAUUGUUUUGUUGGGGCUGACGUUGAUUCCCAAGAGCUCUGGAUUGCGAGCCUUAUUGGCGACGCGACUUUUCAGCUUCACGGUGGAAAUGCUGUUGGUUUUAUGACCCUUGAGGGUACCAAAGCUGCAGGCACGGACCUGCAUUCGCGGACAGCAGGCAUUCUUGGAAUAUCGAGAAACGACGCGAAGGUUUUCAACUACGGGCGUAUCUACGGCGCUGGGUUGAAGUUCGCUGCGACGCUCCUUCGCCAAUUUAAUCCGACCUUGACCGAGUCGCAAACCUCGAAAACUGCCAAUGACCUGUAUCAGAACACCAAAGGAAAGAAGACCACCAGGAAACAACUACACGAACGUCCAUUCUGGAGAGGAGGAACUGAAUCGUUCGUUUUCAACAAACUGGAAGAUUUCGCCGAACAAGAGCGGCCGAGGACGCCUGUGCUCGGAGCUGGUAUCACUGAGGCUCUCAUGCGGCGAUACUUGACCAAGGGGGGCUUCAUGACUUCUCGAAUCAACUGGGCCAUACAAUCUUCUGGGGUUGACUAUCUCCACCUUUUGAUCGUCAGUAUGGACUAUCUUACCAGACGCUUCAAUCUAGAGGCCCGUUUAGCCAUCACGGUUCAUGACGAAAUUCGAUAUCUUGUCAAAGAGGAGGACAAGUAUCGAGCAGCCAUGGCUCUACAGAUUGCAAAUGUCUGGACUCGGGCCACAUUCUCACAACAAAUGGGAAUCAACGAGCUGCCCCAAUCCUGCGCCUACUUCUCAGCUGUUGACAUCGACCAUGUCCUAAGAAAAGAGGUCGAUAUGGACUGCAUAACACCAAGUCACAAACAGAAGAUACCCCACGGUGAGAGUCUUGACAUUGUAGAGCUACUUGAAAAAGGCGAUGCAGCCCGACUGGACCCUUCCGUGGUACCCAAGGAUCCUCCCCAGGUCGAGCAAUACGCAUCCACUUACACGCCACGCACACCAGUCAUGACGGCUCUCGAGGGCGAUUCACCUACGUCGAUUGCAUCGUUAGCAUAUCUCAGAGCACAAAUUACUGGCGAUGACAAAGAGCUUCGUGAGAUUAUGAAAACAGUGCGUGCUCCACGAUCACCAAACUCGAGGAGAUCAAAACAAUCCAAGGAAGAUGAUGAGGAGAUAGAGCGCAGCAUGCUGCACUAUGAACAGACGGCGCAUCUGCUCCCCGUAGAUGAACCAUGGACGCAGAAUCGCUUUACGAAGAACUGGGAGAGCACCAGGAGUAGCAGCUGGCAUCAUCUGCACGGACGCGGGAGUUCAAAUACUUCGAGGUUUGCAGGGAGGGUGUAACAUAUCCGGAUGAUCAUCUCUGGUCUGUAGAUAAUUUUGUGUAAGGUAUGCAUGUCGCGGCCUCGCGAUGUUUGGAAUCCGG